CACACACACCUUUAUAUUUCACAGCCCGAGAGGACGGCCUUCAUAAGUGAGAGUGUGAGCGAUCGAGACGCGACCUCUAGAGAUCAAGACACAACGGACUGGACACAGAGUUUCUGUGCAUUUUUGGAUACAUUUUAAAGUCCUACCCGGCAACGAGAAAGGAUGUCCUUCCACGGCAGCUUCCUGUCUGACGAGCAGUUCCAGUGCUCCAUCUGCCUCGAUGUGUUCACCAACCCUUCAUCCACGCCGUGCGGCCACAGCUUCUGCAUGGGCUGCAUCAGCCGAUACUGGGAUGGAUCUAAGGUCUACCAGUGUCCUCUGUGUAAGAAGACCUUCCAGAAGCGACCGGACCUCCAGAUCAACCGGACCCUGCGAGAGAUCACCGAGCAGUUCAGAUCCAUGAAGGGAGGAGGAGGGGGACUGGGGAAGGAGAGGAGAGGGGGAAGAGGGGGAGACGGAGGCAUACCGGACAAUUUGUUCGAUGAGCUGAAGAAGAAGCUGCCCCGACCUCUGCCGAAAGUGCCAGUGAUGCUGACCUGUGAGGCUCAAGGCGAUACCAUCUCGACGUCUUUUUCUACAUCUUCGACCUCGCUGGCUUCUUCGGUACCAAACGACAGUCCAAUCGCUGCCAUGAGCCACACCUGCGGACCUCCGCCGCCGCCGCCUCACCCUUCCACCCGCUCCAACAGCCGGAGAAGGUUCACCGUGAGCGGGGCUGCAAACAGCCAGAGCCUCCCUGUCUGCGAGAUCCACAACAGAGGGAUAAUGGUUUACUGCAGGACUGACAGAGUUUGCAUCUGUCCUGAAUGCGAGCUCGACGACCAUCAGGAUCACGACACAGUGACCGUCGAAGAUGAAUGGCUGGAACUCAAGGCCCAGCUCAGUGUGUCGGAGCAGGAGAUCCAGGAGAUGAUCAGAGAGAGAAUCAGGAAGGUGGAGGAGAUCAGAAUGUCAGUGAUUGAAGUGGAGCUGGCGGUGGAGCGAGAGACGGCAAGCAGCGUUUGCCUGUUUUCUAUGCUCGUGUCUGCCAUCGAGCGCUCGCAGGCAGAGCUGAUGGAGGUGUUGGAGAUGAGCCGGAGGGCGGCCGAGCACCAGGCCGACGCCAUGAUACGACAGCUGGAGCUGGAGGUUAAAGAGCUGCGGAGGAGAGAAAGCGCCCUCGCCGAGCUCGCCCAAUCAGACGACCACAUACACUGUGUCAAGACGUUCCCCGCCCUCAGCAGCCUGCCACCUGCCAAAGACUGGUCCGGGGUGUCGGUGAACUCUGAUCUGGGAGCAGGGACCAUCUACAGGUCACUGGCAGCUCAGGUAGAGAGGUUCCAGCAAGAACUGAAAAAUAUCGCAGAAACAGGUUUUCCUGCCUCAGUACUGGAACCCAGUCCAGUCCGAACACAGCCCAGGAUGAAGAGGGUGCAGGAAUAUGCAAUGGCUGUGACGCUGGACUCCAACACCGCCCAUCCAAGACUGGUUAUGUCAGAGGACAUGAAGAGUGUGAGGUGUGGAGAUCGACACCAACUGCUUCCAGACAAUCUGGAGAGGUUUGACAGAGUCGUUUGUGUCUUGGGGAGGGAGGCAAUCUCCUCCGGGAGGCACUAUUGGGAGGUGGAGGUGGGCGGGAAGACGGACUGGGAUCUUGGGGUGGCCAGACAAUCGAUCAACAGGAAGGGGAAGAUUGAAGUUACCCCUAGCAACGGAUACUGGUUCCUCAGCCUAAGAGACAAGAACAAGUACGCCUUUCGCUCUGAACCCUCCACAGACGUCCAGGUGAACCUGCGACCGCGCAAGAUUGGGAUAUUUGUGGACUUUGAGAAAGGACAGGUGUCUUUCUACAACGUUGAUGCUCGAAUCCACAUCUACACUUUCAAUGACAUGUUCAGUGAGUGCAUCUACCCAUUCUUCAGCCCCUGCACGAACAAAUCUGGAAAGAAUGACGGGCCGUUGAUCAUAACGCCAGUCGACAUGACAGUGUGACAGAACACCUGCGAGAUAUUUGUUUCUUCUUCUUUUUCCAAUAUACUUAACUCAUUGUUAGCUUCUUAAAACUUCCUAUCGGCAGAUGUUGUCUGGCUGUGAAUGGUUUAUUAAUGCAGAUUAAAUAUUUCAGUAUUGUAUUUUAAAUGAUUUUGAUCAUUUAUUAAAACAAUCACAUUUUUUGACACA